CUAACAAGAGGUAGUUACGUUAUAUCUAGUUUGGAUCCAGUGGUUUAUGCUGACUUUGCACGAUACUAGGUGUAAAAAGUGAAACUAUUUUUUUUCCUCACUGAGAGUAACGGGCCAUCAGUCCUAGUUUAGUAGGAUCCUGCAAAAGACACGUGCGACUUGGCGUAAACACGCGCACAUUGGCUUGUUAGAGGUGAGGAAGAGAGAAGAAAGAGCGAGCCUGGUGCCAGUGGUGUGCUAGAUGGAUGGAAAGAAUAAUUCGAUGGAGUUGAUGAAUGAGAAGAGGCAAGCGUGGUGGACCAGGAAGUGGCCAUGAUUAGUAAGGGGGAAGUUAGAAAGGCACUAAAGAGGAGGAAACAUGGAAAGGCAGUCGGUCCUGAUGACAUUCCUGUGGAGGAAUGGAAGCAUCUCGGAGAGGUGGCUGUGGAGGGUUUGACCAGCUUGUUCAAUAGAAUCCUAGCACGUGAGAAGAUGCCUGAGGAAUGGAGGAAACGUGUGCUGGUGCCCAUUUUUUAAGAACAAGGGUGAUGUGCAGAGCUGUGGGAACUAUCGAGGGAUAAAGUGGACGAGCCACACGAUGAAGUUGUGGGAAAGAGUCGUGGAGGCUCGACUCAGGGCAGAGGCCAUGUCUCAGAAGGAACUGAAAGAAGCAUUUGUCAGUCAUCUCAAUGGGACCAGUUCACAGGAAGUGAUUGUGGGCUCAUUUCUCACGCCGCUGUGCAUCCUCAACCGAUCGCUCAUUCUGAUCCUCCACCGUCGAGCUACGGGGAAUCUCCCUCGGCCCUUCUCGCGGAUUUCUCACCUGCUUCUGGAUUUCUCCGUGCUGGUCCUUCCCCUGGUCCUGUCAUGCACCGUCCUGAGCGACCAUCUUCUCCAGGUGGUCUUGAGCGUCACCUUUGUUUUGUCAUGUGCGCUUCGUCACAUCUACCGUAGAAACCGGCAAACGUCUUUCAACACCUUCUGCAAUAGGACUGUUCUAUUCAAACAGGUUCCCUUUGUGACCGUCUUUAGAGUGAUGGUGAAUGUACAAACCGCUAUCAGUAUUCUGGCUGUAGACUUUAGAGUCUUUCCAAGGAGAUACGCCAAAACAGAAACUUAUGGAACAGGCGUUAUGGACUUCGGUGUUGGAGCGUUCGUCUUCGCAAAUGGUCUGGUGUGCCCAGAAGCACGUGGGAAGAAGGUUUACGACUCCAAGAUGAAACGCGUCGGCAAGCAGUUGCUGUCUGUGCGGCCCCUGUUUUUUCUCGGUGUAGCGCGACUUGUCUUUGUCAAACUGAGGGGCUACCAAGAACAUGUGACUGAAUACGGCGUCCACUGGAAUUUUUUCUUCACGUUGGCCAUUGUCAGAGUGGCGACCAAAAUGCUUUUGGUUGUUCUACCAGCAAGACAGUCGUGGAUCUCGGCUCUCGUCGUAAGUAGCGUUUAUCAAUUUGCUCUGGAGACGACAGGCCUCAAGGCUUUCAUCAUGCACAACAAUGACCGAGAGAAGGACUUCCUUCAUGCUAACAAAGAGGGCGUUUUCUCUAUUAUAGGCUACGUCGCCAUCUACAUGGCAGGAGUCCAGGUUGGAUGUUACGUGAUGCAGCCAAGAUCACAUGUCCGAGACUGGCUCAAAGCGGUUUUUACCCUCUUAACGGGAACUCUCGCACUGUUUGCUGCUGUGUGCGUGUGUCAGACUUUAGUGGAGCCAGUGUCUCGCCGCUUAGCGAAUCUACCUUUCUGCCUCUGGAGUAUUGCGCUGUCUCUGCUUUUUAUAUCAUGUAUUGGCUUAGUUGAUUUGAUUGUACUGUUUUCCAAAAUAACAGCAGGCUAUCACUUUGUUCCGUCAUCAUGGAAUUCAUAUUCAGGCACCCCCAAAAAUGAAGAUAAGACUGAAGCUUCAUGUCUCAUUCAAGCGAUUAACAAGAAUCAGAUGUUAUUUUUCUUGGUUGCAAAUAUCUUCACAAUACUGACCAAUUGCUUUGUGGACACUCUUGGUUGUAACAGUUUGUUUUCCGUAUGUUUCUUGUUGUUAUACAUGUUCGGAAAUUGCUUUGUAAUCCAUGUUUUUUACCUCCUUGGAAUAACGGUACGAUUCUAGAACGUUUCUUAAAAUGUCAAGGUUUAAUGUGAGAGCUGACUGUCAAUUGUAAUGACUUAACCCCCGAAGACUAUGUGACAACAUCUAAAUUGCAAAAAAUGUGAUUUCAAGUUUGUAUUGCAUCACUGAUGGUGUAGUGACACUCCCCUGAAUUUGGUGCAGGCAGCAGGGGUCAUUCGCCACUUCAUGACACUGAGAAUGUGAGUGUAAAGGCUUGUCCGAAUGUGCCCCAUGACGGACUGGCAACCAGGCCAGGGUUGACCCCACCUCUCGCUCAAAGUCAGUAGAAAAUGGAUGGGUGGGCUUCAUUUAUUUACUUAUUUAUUUUAACCCUAACAGUGCAUACAAAAACAAUGAUGUAAAAAUGACAGCAAAGUUGGAUUUACUGUACACUCAUCGCUCAACAUUAGGUAGUCACGAAACAGCUGAGCAUCUCUCCAGCGAUUAGUAACAAUUUUGAAACAGCUUUUGCAUUAUACGAGUAGUCAUAUAAAGUAUGUAUGUAGCUAGCAGUGGCGGGAACUAACGAAGUACAAAUACUUUGUCAGUAGAUUUUGUGAUAUAUGUACUUGACUAAAUUAUUACAUUUGUCUGAUUACCUUUACAUUUGAAAAUAGACGCACUUCAUACUCCUCAGUCAAAACAGGCUCGUUGCUUUUUUCAACCUCCACGGGAGACGACAUAUGAUGUAAAAAAAUAAGACGUGAAUAAAGACAGGCAAAGUCAACCUUGCAUGAGAUCUUGAUUGAUUGGGGGAAAAAAAACAAAAAAACAACGACAGCAGCAACACUGAGGAACGUGAACCAGGGCGCAUUGCUGAAAACAGAUUCAGAGAAGCAAGAUAUUCCCCGUCCACGGCCUUAGUAAUGAGAAUUGACUACAAGAAUGGUUUGUGGGGAAUGCGUUGUCUUGUGGCAGCCUGAAACCACAAGUUUCUGGAAUUCAAAGAUUCUCCAUCUAAUUCGAAAGACCAAAACACAACACAUAAGGUGUAUUUUUUCGUCCAUCCAUCCAUUUUCUGAACCGCUUUUCCUCAGAGUUAUCAGCUAAAUUGUCAUUUGUUGUUAGUUGACCACAUUGUUUUGACUGCAUAAAACUAAAGCCAGCGCAAGCUAGCUCUUGGGUUAAAAAAAACAAAGUGAAGUAACUUUUUUUUUUUUUUUUUUUCUUUCCUUCUCAGUAUAAGCACUGAGAGAAACUAUUUUGUGUGCAGAAAAUUGUUUUCGCUGUGCCAAGUUAUCAAAAUG